AUGGAGUUAACACGAACAAACCAGUUGGAGGAUGAACCGGUCGUGGAAUACAUCGAUAGCUGGAGGAUACUAAGUCUUCAAUACAGGGAUCAUUUUCCCGAAACUUCUGCAGUUGAGAUGUGCACCCAAGUUCUGCUUUGUGCCUCCGCUUCUGGUUGUCUGUCUGCGUUUGUGCAGUUGUUUGGCCUGUUGUUUGAAGGGUUGCUGUUCUGCUCAGCCUGGUGUGUGCUGCUGUUUUGUUUUGAUGUUCUUUUGUGUUGUUCUCUUCUGCGUUUGGUUUCUCUCUUUGUGGUUGCUUUUGUGUUUUUAGCUUGCGAUGCGGAUAUGGAUACAAGUUGGAUCGAUCUACCUAUUGUCCACCCUAAGUAUGUCGAGGGUUGUAUGCAAUCCAUUGAGUUUGCUAAAGAAGAUCUAGUCCAUGGAAAAAUUAGAUGCCCUUGUAAGAAUUGUAAGGUGGAGAAAUGGUUCCCGGUAAAUGUAGUAGAGGGACAUAUUUUGUUUAAGGGGUUUUAUAAGUCGUAUAAGAAAUGGAUCUUUCAUGGUAAAGAGGAUAUGAUUCAUCGUGUGGUUGGUAGUGAUGGAGGGAAUACUAGUGAAGGAUCCCUAAAUAAUGAAAGUGGGUUUGUUAGUCGAGAUAAUAUGGGAGGACUACUAAGAUCAGCUUUUAGUGUUAAUACGUUUCCCAAUUUCCCAACUUUUGAAACACGAGAGGAUGAUGAGUGGAUUGAGGAGCGAGUGACCUAUGAAAGUGAUGCUAAAUAUGAUGAUUCUACGAAAGAGGAAGAGGCGAAGUAUAAGAAGUUACUUGAAGCUUCUGAGGAGAAAUUAUAUGAAGGGUGUACCAACUUUUCAAAGUUAUCUUUUCUUUUACACUUGUUUCACUUGAAGUGUAUGAAUCAUUGGUCCAUUGAAUCUUUCAAUAUGCUGUUGAAGCUAAUUCUAAAUGCGUUUCCCCAAAUACUUGAUUUUCCCUCAUCCUUUUAUUACAGUAAGAAAAUGAUAAAAGACUUGGGUCUUGGGUAUGAAAAGAUUGAUGCUUGUCCGAAUAAUUGUAUAUUGUAUUGGGGUGAAUUUUUAGAGAAAGACAAGUGUCAUGUUUGUGGUACAUCGAGGUGGGCGAAAACUAAGGGUAAGGGUGGCAUUACAAGUGAUCAAGGUACGGAUACUCAUAAGAAGGGUGUGCCAUCUAAGGUAAUGCGAUAUUUCCCUCUUAUCCCGAGGCUAAAAAGAAUCUACAUGUCACCAGAAACAGCAGAAGAUAUGAGAUGGCAUGAUACAGAGCGAUUGGGUGAAGAUGAUAAGAAGAUUUUGAGGCAUCCUUCAGAUGCCUUAGCAUGGAAGGCAUUUGAUGAGCGUCAUAGAGAUUUUGCAUUAGACCCUCGUAGUGUUCGAUUAGGUCUUGCGAGUGAUGGGUUUAAUCCUUAUCGUUUAAUGAACACCACUUAUAGUACGUGGCCAGUGAUGUUGAUUCCUUAUAAUCUUCCACCAUGGUUAUGUAUGAAACCAUCUUCUUUCAUUUUGUCCACACUUAUUCCCGGAAAAGCAAGUCCUGGAAAUGAUAUUGAUGUGUAUUUGCAGCCAUUAGUGCAUGAAUUGAAAUUGUUGUGGACUGGGGUUGAAGCUUUUGAUGCUUUUGAAGGAAAGAAAUUUAAUUUGCGCGCGGCUUUGCUUUGGACUAUUAAUGACUUUCCUGGCUAUGCAAUGCUCUCUGGUUUGAGCACAAAAGGUUACAAUGCAUGUCCUAUAUGCAUAGAUUCCACGCCUUCUGAUAGAUUUGGGAACAAGAUUUGUUAUUGUAGCUAUAGAAAAUGGUUACCUUCAGAUCACCCAUAUCGAAUUCAGGGUGACAAAUUUUGUGAGAAGGGUAAAGCUCCAUCUCGUCCUAGCGGGACUGAUAUAUUGAGUGAACAAGAAAAAGUCGAGUAUGUUAAUGGAAAGUCGAAGGCACCACAGAAAAAGAGACAAAGAGGAGAUAAUGAUAACAAUGAUGUCCAACAUGAAAGUGCUUUUGGUACCAAGAGAAGCAUAUUCUUUGAUUUGGUGUAUUGGGAGCAUAAUCUUUUAAGGCAUAAUUUAGAUGUAAUGCACAUUGAGAAAAAUGUGUCUGAGAAUAUUUUGGGAACUCUUCUUAGUAUGGAUAAGAGUAGAGAUAGUAGGGAUGAUCGAAAAGCUCUUGAAAAAUGGAGAAUAAAGCCUCACCUUUGGCUUAGUACUAAUCCUAAUGGAAGUGAAUACAUGCCUCCAGCUUCCUAUUCUAUGUCUACGGAGGAGAAAGAGAGGUUCUUAAAUGUUCUGCAGAAACUUAAAGUUCCGGAUGGAUAUGGAUCCAACCUCUCUAGUUGUGUGAAUAUGAAGCAAAGAAAGUAG